UCAGGGUUCUAAAACUGUUAAAUAUACAAAAGAAGCAAAGUUAUUUGAAUUGACAUUGAAUUUUUGACUGGUAAGUCAAGAUUAUUUUACUGUUUGAACUGUUUGAUUGAUAGGUGCAGUAGUGUUCCUCAGUUAGUCUCUCAGCUUCAUCCCCUGAUAAUCCAAUAUCUAGUGGAAACAGAAUUUUUAUUACUAAUUUGCAUUUUCAUUAGCUUAAGAGGAAAAGAAAACAAAUUCAGUCAAACCCCGUUCAUAAUACGGACGCUGAGCGGGCCAUAGAACCCUUCCGUAUUAAAGGACUGUCCGUAUUAUGUACUGUUUAAAAAAUGAGCAGGAUUAAACACUCGAGGCGAAGCCGAGUUAUUACACCUGAUAGUACACUCCAGCGAGGUUUUUGCGCAACUCAUUCUUGCACUAAUAUUUAUAUCGAGUAUCCAGAAAAGUAAACCGCUCGCAAAGGAAGAGCUCCUCCAGGUUCCUUGACAAGAAAAAGACCAAAAUACGAUUGCUUUUAGUUUAGAAAGCUUGUAAAGCUCCCAAAUCCAUAAUAAUAGCAUCAAAGAACUUUGAUUGCAGUCUGUGAGAUUCAAAAAAGGGCUCGUAACAAUUUAGAUGUAUACCAAUGAAGAUUUAAGAUACAACGGUCAACGCAAUGUUGCAGUACGUGAUUUAAGAAAGGCCUCCAGGGCUGGUCAAAUCUUUCCCAUUAUCAUCCUUAUCGUCACGAUUGGCGAUACAGCGACACUUGUAAAGUUAGCACGUACGAAACAAAGUUUGGAAUUCACCUCCUCCAGCUUAGCCUACGUGUAGGCCACACCCUCCCCCCGACAAAGGAAAAACUGGGAGGGGAGGGUGCGACUACACGUAGGCUAUCUCUAGCUACCUAAGCAAAAUUAUCGAACUAGCUCGAACUGAUCUAUUGUUUUACAGAUUGACUCCAAGGGACAAGGGCUCAAUAAAGGAGGGGGGCUUUACGUAGGACUGUUAACUAACUGUAAGAGGAAUAGUUGAAACCGCAAGUGUAUAUAAACAGGAGACAAGCCAUAUACGAUAAAAACAAACCUGCUAACAACAAUUACCAACAAAUGCCUAGUGGGUAUAGGGUGUGAAAGCAAACUAUCUUUACUUUAUUUCGGCAGUAUUUUUCAAACCCCAAAUUGUUUCCCUUUUAUUCAAUGAACUUUAAAAUUACGAGUCAUGUAAAAUCUCAACUCAAAACAAGCUCAGCCAGUUGGGACAAAAGGGUAGAAUGUGUCUUCCACUAACGUUGAUAGUCUAUCGUCAUUGUAUUGAUUUUCUUUUCUUUUGUAUCAUUGUUUUUUUUUUCAAAAAUCGGUUUUUCGAAGUGCGUAGUUUGCCAGUCAUUAGUCACUCUCCGUUUUUAUCCUUGUUCCCGCAGGCUUCCGUUUUACAUGUCCGCGUCUUUAUGACAACCCACGAAAAAAACGGCUGUUUUAAUUGAAUGAGGCGGUUUCUUUCACCUUUUUUAAAAAAGAAAAACUCAAGAAACAAUUUGAAAAUAAAUAAUAAUUAUCAUUAUUAUUUCUAUGAAAAUUGAAAAAAAAGGCAAAUCUGAGGGCAAUGAUGUUAAUCGCAAGUGGCUCAACAGCUUGCAAAGAUGAAAUGGUGUCACGGUGUUGCAGUGGAAAAGUCGAUCUCCAACUCAUUUUGUUAGAAAUUUCAUUUUGGAAUAAGAGAAAAAACAAAAGACGAAAAGAAAAGAGCAAAGGAAAGCUCACCGAAAGAAAUAUUCAUUGAAGCUCUCGGAACCGGCCUAUAACUAACUGUCGAUUUAUUGCCCAGAUCACAGACGGAUCCAUCAUCUUAGGCUUUUUUCUUUCUAUCUCAGAUUAUAUCAUGUAAGCCAGCUGCUCUGUCUCCACAAACAAACCUAUUUCCUUUUAUUAUUGUUAUUAUUUUUUUUGGUGAAAUGGCACCUUUUUGGGUAGAUGGAAUGUCGCAUAGCUGCGUGCGCACUUGUCAAUGACUUAAGACCUGCCUCGUACCCAAAUGUAUCUCUCUCGCUGUAAACUUGCGCCCACAGGAAGGCGGUGAGGAGAAAACGGACGAGACGGCACUCACGUUUCACUCUCGCCUGUAAAAGCUAAGCGCCUGGCAGGAGGCAGGACGCACGAAGACACAAGAAUGAUCGCUUGUCGCUAGAAAACCUCCGUACUGAAAAUGGGAACUAAACUGACAUUGGACUUCAGUUUUUCCUCCUUAUCACCAACUCUCAUUUUACUUACUUUCUGUGUAUUUUUCCCCCAACUUUGAUCAAAAUCAAUUCAGUUAGCUUUGUAAAUAACCGAAGACGGGAAGUAGAUAGCUCUUAGGAAGACAAAUUAAAAUCCGUCUGAAGUGCUGAUGAGCUACAGUAGACUCCCGGUAACUCGAACCCUCUAUAACUCGAACUUCCCGCUAACUCGAAGCAAUUUUCAUUUCCCCUCAGAUCAUUUUUUAUAUAAUUUUACACUCGAUAACUCGAACUUUUUUUAUUCCCUUGAAGGUUCGAAUUAUCGGGAGUCGACUGUAUAAAAAAAUUAAAAAGUUCACCUAGGUUAAUAAAUGCUAUUUACUAGACUCCUCGGUAAGCGAUGGUAUUUUUUUUUAAAAUUCUGACUUGUCGCGCAUUUAUCGAAGACUGGUUGCGUUCGUUGUGAAAAACUAAACAAGAAGUUUCAAAUAGAAAAAGAAAAGUGGCCAUUGAUAAAUGUCUUUGAACGUCAAGUUGUGUUUCCUGUUGAAAGCAAACAACACCUUUUCUGUAUGUUAAUGUACUUAUGACACACUUAGAUCAAAACCAAAACAUUUAUAAACAUGUUUUUACGCAUAAUAACCGAUAUCCUUUGACGAAAAUAUGUUGAAAUAUAUUGCUGACCAAAACUCAAGGCGCACUUUUGAGCUUUCAUAGCUAUUAUCAGGUAAGCCGCUAAUUUCACUCAAUUGAGACACCAAAAACAAUUUUUAGUUCAUCAACAAAUAUAUUAACGCAACAAAAACAGCGGGCGGAAAAUCGCGAGGCCUGUGAUAUCUCUAAACUGGGCGAAGUUUUAAGGAACUCACUUUUUCAACCAGAAGCAUUUUUCCCGAUGAACCAGGAAGCUAGAAAUGAAUACUUUGUUAAUCUUCCGUUUAAUUCAUCAGACGCACUUUAUAAUACCGACAGACAGACGCGUCUGUCCCCAGACAGACUUUCGCUCGUUAAACCAGGCUAAAAAGAGCACCGAAGGGCCAAAAAACAAAUAUAGUCGUAUUUACGAGCCUUUAAUAAUGAUAGUGAUAAUUACAACGUGUAUUUUCGGUUUACACCGAAGAGUGUGGUCGAGAGAGUUGCCUCGAAACUCGCGCGAGACGAGGUAAAUGACUGCAUGAAAAAAGGGUAACGUUGCGCGAUGCUAGGCAACAUGGAAGGAGGAAAAUGGCGGACAAUUCUUUCCCUGUCCAGGCGUCCUUUGUUUAUUGUAACACAUUCUCACUACCUACAGUACACAUGAAUAUACAAUGAGAUAUGCAGGGGUCAAAAUGGUCGUUGUCCACAGGUGUGGACAGCGGUACAUUCACAUGCAUUGAAGGCAGGGCACGGCGUCAUACCGUGGGAAUCGGCUCCUGUUGGGGCUGGGAGGGUGGGGCGCUGAUGCCCCUCUGAGAUGUUAUUGGACAAAUGCACACAAUAGGAAGAAUGGUGGUAAUAUAUACAACGCCAGGAAUUGUGGAUAUCUAUUGUUAUGAAAUUAUUCUUGCUUUAUUUCAGGUACUGAGAAUAAUUCAAAUUUAAGUUACAAACAAAGGAAAAAAAUGAUACGCUCAACAAUUUUCAAACACUUUAAUAAUAAUAAUAAUAACGCGAAUAUUUAUUCAGGAUAAACCUAUCAAUCAGUUCUAAUAAAAAGAACUGUUAUCAAAAGGGUCCUGUAAUUAUCUCAUAAAUAGCUAAAAAAAUAAAAAAUAAAAUCGAAAGAGGAAAAUAACACUAAGAAAUCUAAGAUUCAAAAGUCAAAAUCUGUAAAAAUUAUUGACUUAUAAGACUGAAAAGAGUUUAACAGGCCAUUUCCGAGUUCCCUCACACCUCUGUAUCAAAACGAGGUUAAGUGCUCAGCGUUUGAUAUGGAAAUGAUUUUCAUUCUCAUGCAAAUAAAACUCAUUUUCACAAGAAAGGUUGUGCACUUUGCCUCAUUUUGAAAGUGAGGGAUUUUGGAACUCGAAAGUGGGCUAUUGCAGUCUGUUUUAAUUUCCCUCUCUGUUGUUUAAUUCUCCCAUGUCCUGCUGUGUUAUUUCAACGUUUCUUCUCUGUUUUAAGUAGUAUAUAUAUUUUUAUUUUUCACCCACUGAAAAUUUGCGUGGACAAUUCUUAUUGACUAAUUGUUGAUUUCUCUUUCGCUCUACAGUAUUCAAAGCGACAAACAAACACUACUGAUACAUGGAAAAUUUCACGUUUAAUGACACGACUUCAUUCAAGGCAUCACGAGUCUCUGGAGAAGUUGGUGUAUGGUACUGGGUUUUAAGAGGAUUAAUUGGCCUGCUAAUUUUGGCGGGAAACGGUCCGGUAAUUUACCUCAUAGUCACGUGUCACAGACUCCACACAAUUUCUAACUGGUUCGUUCUCUCCCUUUCUUUGGCUGAUCUUUUCGUUGGGGUUUUUCUGAUCCCAGUUUCCACUUCUUGCGCCCUGUGGACGAAUUGCAACAUUUCGGUUAUGAAGUUGAACUUUGACCUUUUACUUUUCGUUUCCAUAGCCAACAUGUGCGCCAUAACCGCUGACCGGUACCUCUCUGUGGUACGACCGUUGACCUAUUUGCAGAACAUGACCAACUCGCGCGUUCGCCUUUGGAUAAUUGCAGCUUGGUUAAUACCAAUCGUCUUCACACUCAUUCCCUUCACGUGGAUGUUUUCAUCGUCGCAAAAUAAAAAGGAAAAUACAAACAGAAUCUAUGGAACUGUUCAAAUAAUCACCUUCAACGUUCUUCCUUGCCUCACAAUACUCCUUGUCUACGGACACAUUUUUCACAUUUCUCAUAAGCACGCGAGACAGAUUCGUGCGUUUACCGUCAAACUCAACAGUGAGGAUUCUGAAAUGUUGACUAGGCGACAAAUAAAGCAGGAAAAGUCUGCAACAAGAGUUUUUGGAAUGGUUGUAAUAUUUUUUUUGUUCUGUUGGAUGUUAUCUGCGUAUAGACAUUUCUGUGAUUACUUAAAACUUCCAUGUCAUAUUUCCUCUGGAACAGUGUCGGCAUCAAGACUCUUGAUGUUGUUAAAUUCGGCUAUCAAUCCAUUUAUUUACGCUUUUCUAAAGGAGGACAUAAAAAAGGAAGUAAAGAGGAGGCUCUUUAGACGCAAUUCCUGCGUCAAUGAUGCCUCUUUCUAUGGCCGCAGACCUGUCAUUGCAGACUCCUAUACUUGA